UCUGGGGGGAAUCGCCAACGUCGGGUGUAAGGGAGAUAAAGGUUUCGACGUUUGUCCGUGCAACACGGUGCUCAACCACCUGGCCAAACUCCACGACCCUGACCUCACGUACGACAAAGGGGGACAAUUGGCAGCUCAGGGGAAGGUGAUCCCGGAGCUUUUGGAGGAGUUGGAGAACCUGGACUUUUAUCAGCAGACUGGGCCCAAGUCAUUGGGCUAUGAGUGGGUGCUAGACAACGUGCUUCCUUUGUUGAAGCCGGAGCGACACCCAAUCCCUGACCUGCUGCGUACGUUCGUGGAACACAUCAGUGAUCACGUGACCCGGGGGUGCGUCAAGAACAUUGCAAAGCCUUCUGGGACGGUGCUGGUGACGGGGGGCGGGGCCUUCAACACCACACUCAUGAGACUGAUCAGCUCUAAGAUGGCCGAACACCACAUUACGAUUGUGGACACUGAGAACGAGAUCGUGGAGUACAAAGAGGCGCUGGUGUUUGCCUUCCUGGGCCUGCGCUGUCUGCUGGGCGUGGAGAACGUGUUCGCGUCUGUCACGGGCGCUCGCACGGACACCAUCGCCGGGAGCAUACAUCACGGCACACACAGCCACGAGAAGCCAGCCCUGCAGGACAAGUUCAACUUUCUCAUCCACAAGAGGAACGCUGGCGUUAGUGAACUCAGGAUAAUUAGGGAAAAAUAGAAAAGUAGGCCUACUAUAGGGGAAAAGAAGAACUUGCUAUAGGGUACCAUCAUAGUCAAAGUGUGGACAAUGAGAGAGACAUAGCAACAUUGCUACAGUCAAACUGAGGACAUUGCUUUUGAAAAAGCAGUUUUCGUUCAGUGAUUGAGAUCGGAGAACUGGCUAAAUUACAGCAUAAACAGAAAAACUUCAUGGAAUUAUGAAUCUCUAGACGGCGUUCUGCCCAUGGACAAGUCUACAGCUGACCACAAGAAGUAUUUCUCACUGCUCACUGGCUGGGCGGUACAUUUAGUUCUCACAGAGUUUUUCCUUUUGCUCUGGUGCACAUUGUCAAAUAAAUAAAUAAUUGUAUUCCAACUUGGUUUGCAACAGUAAUAGCUGUAGUAUAAUUAUUUAUUAAAGAAAGUGGAGAACAGAUUUUUGGUUAUUUUCUCUUUUGUAAGAGUUUUAUGGCACUUGCAAACCAAAAAGAUCAUAAAAGUUGUGAAGAUUAGGGGUCGGGGUGUUACUAGAGAGUAGCACAAAGGAAAGACAAGGACAGAAAAAUGUUUGAUUUUGAUUGGAAAGUGAAGGAGUGAACCUCACCAGAGCACUCACCAACCACCCACAAGGGGAAUUAAAUAAGCCUUACUCAGAGGGAAGAAAACAUGUAGGACUAGGGAAGCUGGGACAGUUUUCGCUGCUUAACUUUUUAGUCUUACGUUAACCUCAUCCAGCUUUUUCAAAUAGAUUAAAUAAGAUAAAAUGGGCAAAGUUAAGUCAGAGUCUUACGACAUUUGCAACACAUAAUAUCGUGUAGAUGAUAUAAUUGCUGAAGAUAGGAAGUGAUUUUGGAGAGAAAUGCACCAGGAAAAGAAGGAGAAGAGAUGAGGCGACCACCCACAAAACGAAUAUUGUCUUAACGUCUCUGAGAACAGUUUUAGAGCAAUAGGCCGACUUCUCUUAAAGUUUGAGAGCAAUGGUUCUUUGUUUAUAGCCCAGAUUGAGCCUUUAGUUUGGGUAGAAAUAAAAACAAAGUUGGAAGAUCUAGUCAAAUUUCUGAUGACUCCCAUUCCAAUCUUUUGAAUUUCCAAACAAAUAUUUCAUUAUUUUUGUUUCGUUUUUGUCUAGCUUCACUUCAAUUUGUUGUAAUGUUUUGGUGUUUUUGUCGGUUCUACGUCAGGAUCAAUCACGUCUAGUCGUUGAGGCAGAUUCUCCUGUGAAGCAAACACGUUCGUGUCAAACAAUGGCAGAUGCUUUCUUUACUUCCUGUGAUGUGUAAUGAAACCUUGUAAAUAUCUCUGGUCAGUGAGGUCUUUUUGUACAUAGCUACUGACAGUGAGGUCUUUUUUGUACAUAGCUACUGACAGUGAGGUCUUUUUGUACAUAGCUACUGACAGUGAGGUCUUUUUUGUACAUAGCUACUGACAGUGAGGUCUUUUUUGUACAUAGCUACAGUCAGGGAAGUUUUUGUGCCUCUUGUGGUAACCGCGCUUCCUUUGUGGGAUUGUUUCUUUGUUUGGUUUUGUUUUGUCUCGUUGUAUGAAACAAAACAGAAAUGUUGCAGUGUCAGAAAAGCUGUUCAAAUGUACGAGGUCUAGAAAGUAAAAUAUUUCAGGAGAGAGAGGGGGAGAGAUUAUAAGGACAGUACGGCCGUAAGCUGACGAAACACCUUUUUUCAUUUUGGCGCUAAUUUUUUUAAUUUACUAAAUUGAAAGCCUGAUCAGUUAUCCCACUUGUGUGAAAAAUUCAAUGUGAAACUGUAACUAGUUUUUGAAUAAAUUAAAAUCAAAAUUUCAGAAAGACUCUUUUUCUCUAAAAUGAUUACACUGACAAA